UCGGCGUGGUUGCCAUGGCGGCGGUUGCUGCGGCGACGAGGUGGCGGCUGCUUCUCGUGCUGAGCGCCGCGGGGCUGGGGGUCACAGGCGCCCCGCAGCCCCCCAACAUCCUGCUCCUGCUCAUGGACGACGUCACCAGGGAGUACUGAGUCGAGUUCCCUGUGCUAUUUUCUCAUUAGUUACGCCCAGAAGUCUUGAAGUUCCCACCGAGUAAUGGCAAGGCCGAGGCCAGGAGGAGGACCAUAGGCCCGGGUUCCAGCUGCCUUGGGAGCGCGGGUGGGCGAUCACGUGGGAGAGGGGAGACAUCCUUCACACUCUGUGGGAGACCCUGCCCAGGGUGCCGUGGAGGACGGUCUCAUGGAAGCCGUGAUAGCCGUGCAAGGUGGAUGUUAACAUCCCUAUUUUUAUAGCCAAGAAAGCCUACCGAUAAGUGAUAAUAGAACUUGAUUCAGCAGGAAGGAGCUAACACAGCAGGCCAGUGACUGCAGGCCUCAGAGAGGCUCACCUGUAAAUAGGUGGGCCCUUGGCCGCCAUCUGGGAACUUGGAUUUGGGGAGUAUCCCAGCAUUCCCUGUGCCUAAACUGUUAAUGCAGACGUGCUGAGGUGCCGAGCCCCACCUCCCUCCUGGGAGGCUGGGAUUUGGGUGGUGCCAGUGGACCCAGCCCCUCUGCCUCUCUCUGCUCCUCCUACCUGGCCUGUGAUUGAGGGUCGGCAGCCCGCCUGUGCCCCGUGGGGUGCGGGGAGAGGGGGCAGCAGAGAGAGGCCUGGAGCCUCAGCCUCGUGCCUUCCACUCCACUUCCUGCCCCUGUCGGCCACACUUCCCUCCAGGGGCAACUUUCAUUCCAGCUCCUGUUGUGGUGAACGGAAAAGCCUUUUCAGUAAUUUCAAGAUAAACCAUCUCCAAAGGGACUCUAUGGCUGGAAGGGUCUUUGAGAACACACUGCACAGUCCAAGGGCAAAAGCCCCCAGGCAGCUCUGGGACCCGAGUGUCAGGAUGGGCCGAAGGCCGGGAGACGAGGGGACGUGUCCCCCUCCUGGCUCUCCCUGACGGAGAGGGCGCCGUGUGAGCUCCUGCCCAGUGCAGGGGGCAUGAAUGAUGACAGCCAGACCACACACCUACCUGUGACCAUCCCGGGCAAACCUGCGUGCUCGGCCCCCACGUGUGACCCAGGGCUCCCCGACCUUCGUGCGCGCCGGCCCCGCUCUCCCCAGCGUCUCCGUGCAGACCUGCCGAGCCUGCUGUGGGCUGGCAGGCCGUGGCCCGUGAGUCUGGAGAGCUUUAAGGGGCCCCAGAGAGACAGGCACGGCCAGGCCUCUGCAGCACCAGGUGCCUGCGCUUUUCCAGCGGCACUCUACGGAGACGUAGUUUCCACCAUGCACAGUUCACCAGUUAAAGGGCACAAUUCCGCGGUUUCUAGCACCUUCACAGCGUCGUGCAGCUGUCACCACGGUCAGCUGUAGGUCAUCUUCAUAACCCCGGGAAGAAGCCCCGUCCCCGCCCUCCCCCCACUCCACCCCUCCAGGAGGAGCGGCCGGUGAAGGAGAGCCAGCUUGGAGGGGGCUGGCGCGUCUAGGGAAUCCAGAGGGGAAGCAGGGCCGCGCCCGCCAGCAGCGCCGAGGGGAAUCAGUUUGUCGGGGUCACUCCUGCCCCACGCCGCUGGCCGCAGAAGGAUGCGUUGGGUCGUAGAGCGAAGUCACGUCCCGUUGCCCUUUUCAGUCGGGAGUCCUGCUGCUGUGGACAUUCGUGUGGCGCCUGGGUGCCGGCCAGCCCAGUUCUCGGGACAGCGAGCUCGGGAGGACCGCGGGCCUCGGGGCCUCACCGGGUUAGCUUCAUGGGGCCUGGCCACCGUCUUUAAGUGUGAAUUCACACCGCAGAGUAGGACGGCCUUCUCGUCUGUGCAGAAGGCAGAGAUGGGGUGGGGCGACCUCGGGGUGUACGGAGAACCUUCCAGAGAGACCCCGAAUUUGGACCGGAUGGCUGCGGAAGGGAUGCUUUUCCCGAACUUCUACACGGCCAACCCCCUGUGCUCCCCUUCCAGGGCGGCUCUGCUCACCGGACGCCUGCCCAUCCGCAGUGGCUUCUACACCACCAACGGGCACGCGAGGAACGCCUACACGCCACAGGAGGUAGUGGGCGGCAUCCCGGACUCAGAGCUCCUGCUGCCGGAGCUGCUGAAGGAGGCCGGCUACACCAGCAAGAUCGUGGGCAAGUGGCAUCUGGGCCACAGGCCUCAGUUCCACCCCCUGAAGCACGGAUUCGAUGAGUGGUUUGGAUCCCCCAACUGUCACUUUGGACCUUACGACAACAAGGCCAGGCCCAACAUCCCUGUGUACCGGGACUGGGAGAUGGUUGGCAGAUUUUAUGAGGAAUUUCCAAUUAACCUGAAGACCGGAGAAGCCAACCUCACCCAGAUCUACCUGCAGGAAGCGCUCGAUUUCAUCAAGAGGCAGCAGGCAGCUCGCCGCCCCUUCUUUCUACACUGGGCCGUCGACGCGACACACGCGCCUGUUUAUGCCUCCAGGCCUUUCCUGGGCACCAGCCAGCGAGGGCGUUACGGGGACGCCGUCCGGGAGAUUGACGACAGCGUCGGGAAGAUCCUGCACCUCCUCCGGGACCUGAGCAUCGCAGAGAACACCUUUGUUUUCUUCACGUCCGACAACGGCGCUGCCCUCAUUUCUGCGCCCAGACAAGGUGGCAGCAACGGCCCCUUUCUGUGCGGGAAGCAGACCACGUUUGAAGGUGGGAUGAGGGAGCCUGCGAUCGCCUGGUGGCCCGGGCACAUCCCUGCCGGCCAGGUGAGCCACCAGCUGGGCAGCAUCAUGGACCUCUUCACCACCAGCCUGUCCCUCGCAGGCCUGGAGCCACCCAGGGACAGGGCCAUCGACGGCCUGGACCUCCUUCCCACCAUGCUCCAGGGCCGCCUGACAGACAGGCCGGUAUUCUACUACCGUGGCAACACGCUGAUGGCGGUCACCCGUGGCCAGUACAAGGCCCACUUCUGGACCUGGACCAAUUCCUGGGAGGAGUUCAGGCAGGGCGUGGAUUUCUGCCCUGGGCAGAACGUGUCAGGGGUCACCACCCACUCGCAGGAGGAGCACACUAAGCUGCCGCUGGUCUUCCACCUGGGACGAGACCCCGGGGAGAGGUUCCCCCUCAGCAUUGCCAGCACCGAGUACCUGGAUGCCCUUCGCCAGAUCACCCCGGUUGUCCGGCAGCACCAGGAGGCCUUGGUCCCCGGACAGCCCCAGCUCAAUGUGUGCAACCGGGCGGUCAUGAACUGGGCGCCCCCGGGCUGCGAGAAGUUAGGGAAGUGCCUGAUGCCCCCGCAGUCUGUCCCAGAGAAGUGUUCCUGGCCCCACUAGCACCGGCUUGGGCUCAGGACAGGAGCCUCCGGGCUCCUGUGCUGCAAGAGCCCCCACUCCCUCUGCCCUGACUGCUGCCAGACGGACGGCACCUGCAGCCAGCAGCAGGACCUGCAAGACUACGCAGCCCGGCCCUGGAGUCAGCUCCCAGCCCACCGGGCCUGUCUGACGCUACAGCCGCAGGCUCACAUCAGCCCCUGAACCGGAGGCUGCCUGCCUCACGUCCUCCGCUCUGCUGCAGCUACCUCCCAGCUGCCUCUUCCAGGGCCUGAGCUCUGCCCAGGACCCAGGGGCCUGACUCGCCGUGGCUGCCCCUGCGGUCCCCUCAGGACUUCAGCCCUGGUGUCAAGGGCGGCCGUGCCAGUCCUGUGUUGCCCCUUGGCGCUGUGCACAGGGGAUACCCCAGCGCCCCUCCCCCGCGUACUCCCCCCACCAUGGUCGAGGGGUGUGAACAUGAAGGGGGAGGAGGCCAAGGGCCUCCCUGUCCCGGAGGAGCCUCGACAGCCGAGGCCUCCCCAGUCCAGCGCGGACAGCUGAAGCCACCAGCGUCCCUGGAGAUCAGGACUCCCAACCCCAGCACACUGUGGGGCCCGCCUGUGCUUCAGCACUCCCGUCCUCGGGCCCAGGGUGGCAGCGCUUGAGGACGAGCCCAUUCACCAGCGAAAUCAGGAGAGCCUGAGCAGGACUGUGAACGGCCUCCAGGGACUUCCCCUUAAGGCUCGUGGGUCGUUUCCAUUGUGUGGAGUUUCCACUCUGCAGACUGUCACACCAACUCUGUACUGUUGUAAGACUUGGGAAAUUAUGAAGAGAACAGGUUUAGAAUAAAGUAACAGGCAUUUUAGCCUUUUGUUUUUAAAUGAAAUUCUAUUUGGGGGAAUUUGUCCCCCCUGGGUACCACGGUGGGGGCUGGAGUGGGCCAGGCCAAGCAUUCCAUCACUCCCUCUGCUGCC